CCCGGGACAAGUCAACCUCAGCACCUUUUGUCUAUGGUGGUGUGUAAUCUAUGUCUAGUGGUGGUUGUAUUUUGGUUUGUGUAUUCAAGUUUUGCGACGGACAGUUACUAUUAAAUGUUAAAAAUAAUUUGCAAUCAUUAAUUAUUCGGGGCAGGAUUUACUUCGCCUGAUCAGUGCGGUCGAGUUUGAGACGACGCGGUAUCGGUGACCGUCAUGGACAGGUACAGUAAAGCGAGCAGCCGCCACUCUGAAGACUAUGAUGAGUUAGACAUCGAAGGAAAAGAUGAUGCGGUCGACGACAAGAAGAAACUAAAGGAUGAAGCGGCGGAGGCGGAGCAGCUGCUGAGCAUCAAGGUGCCGACGACAGACAACUCGUACGGCCACGUGUUCUCGGUGCGCGUCGAGGGAGACACGGGGCGAUGGCGCUGCCACCUGUGCGACAUCGUGGUGGUGGGGCAGGCGCACGUGGGCACGCACAUCCAAACCAAGAAGCACCAGGUGCGCAUGACCAUGCCCGUGCACCCGGCCGGCCUCUUCACGCGCUUCUACAACAAGGCAGACGAGGGGGGCGGGGCGGCGCGGGACCGGCAGCCGGCCCCCCCGGGCUGCGAGGACUCCCUGCAGCCCAGCACCCAGCUGCAGGCGGCGCUGGACCGCCACGCUUCCACGCCCCUCAUCGGCCUGGAGUACGUGGUGGAGAUCGACCCUGAGGAGGGCGGCAAGGAGCCCACGUACGUGUGCAUGCUGUGUGACAAGAAGGGGGACCCGCGGGUCGUCAUGGCUCACCUCAACAGCUUCAACCACUGCAGCAAGUACAUCGGCAUACACUACCCCACGGUGAGCCGGCGCAUGGCGCGGGACCUGCCGCGCUCCAAGGAGGGGCGCAAGGCGGCGGCGGACGUCGUGCACAGGCUGUGCGUGAGGAUCGAGGAGCAGCACGGACGCCUGCGUCCCGUGCCCGUCACCAGGGACCUGUUCGACCACCACAAGGACGAGCUCAUCAAGCAGCUGGUCAGCUCCCGCCACCUCAUGGAGACUCCGGACUGCACGUUCGAAGAUGUCCUUGAGAGUGUGCUGAGCCAGUUGACCUCUGAAGCAGCUGCAACCAGUGCAGAGAAGGAGGAAGCAGCAGCCAGCAGCUCCGGCGAGCUGGCGGCGGAGCCACAGAAACUAGAGGCCGCCGUGAAGACGGAGGCGGAGAAACUCAAGGAACAGUCGGGAACCAAGGUUCCCGCUCCAACGUCAGUUCCAGGGGAAGAUAAAAGCAAUGGUAAUUUAAACAAGAAGUCAACUAUGAACAGAAGUCGAAUGAAGAUGCGGGAUGAAGACAAGGCAGAAGAAAUUAAAUUGAAGUUUGGUGACAGUGACAGCAAGAAGGAGGUGAUCGAGAUCAAGGACAGCUCGUCGGUGUCGAGCGCGGACUCGACGCCGUCCAAGUCACGCAGCAGGAGCCCCAGGUCGCGGCUGGACGCGCGCUUCAGGGGCUCGGUGUACGGGCGCAGCAGCUACCGCGAGCGCUACCGGCGCCGCCGCUCCCGCUCGCGCUCGCGCAGCUACAGCCCGCGCUCGCGCCACGGCAGGCGGCGCGGGGCUUCGCCGCGCGAGUCGGAGCGCGCCAAGUGGGAGAAGUACCGGCAGCGGGUGGACGCGGUGGAGCGGGAGCUCAACAAGGACAUGCAGUUCCACGCCAAGAACCCGGAGAAGCACCCCGCCUACCCGGACGAGUGGAAGAAGUUCUGGAACCGGCGCUACAAGGAGCUGCAGGCGGAGGGCAAGGACGCGAGCAAGCACGACUUCAAGCCCGAGUGGAUAGAGUUCUGGAACGGGCGCAUGCAGGAGAUGCACGCUGAUGAGCUCAGGCAGAAGAAGGAGGAGAUCCGGCAGGUGCUGGGGCUGCCUCGCGACGCGGGCGACGGCCCGCGCUGGGCCCGGCGCCGCUCCCCCUCGCCCGACAAGAAGGACGUGACGGUGGCGGACAUCAAGAACACCUGGAAGGCCAUGACGGGCAGCGACAUCAAGGACUCCCGCCAGCGCUCGCCCAGUCCCGGCCCGAGGACCCAGCGCCGUGGCGGGGGCUUCAGCAGGCAGUUCCCCGACACGGUGCGUGUGGUCACCGUGCUGCGGCUGCUCAUCGCCAUGGAGCACCAGCUGGGGUCGCUGGGCCCGCGCGUCGGCGACCUCAUGACCACCGCGCUGUCCCUCGAGAAGGUGAGCCAGAACUCGUCGGACACGCUGCUGCUGAACCCGGACCACCUGGUGCUGCUGGAGACGGUGUCGGAGAAGUUCAAGGGCCAGCUGCUGGCGGGCAUCGUGGAGCGCCACAUGGUGGGCGCCACCCGGCGCUGCCUGGACUACCUGUCGGAGCUGCUGUCGCGGGCCAACACCUUCCCCCAGGCGGCCCGCCAGGAGCGCCUCGCCCACUCACAAGUGGGCGGCUCGCCGGUGAUGCAGCCAGCGCAGUACGUGCCUGCCGUGCCGGCGGCCGUGCCCGUGCCGGGCGUGGGGGCCGUGGACCGCGUGGCCGUCGCGCAGCAGAUAGCGGCCGCGCUCAUCGCGCAGGGAAAGACGGAUGUCACGGAGGAGCAGCUCGAGCAGUUGAUAGCCGCUGUGGUCGGCAUGGCCAAGGCCCAGGUGGCAUCCGGCAACCAGCCCAUAUCCACCGCGCAGUACCUGGAGCAGCUGCAGCAGGCACAGGGGCGGCCGGCGCCCGCGGCGGCCGCGACGCCCGCGGUGGAGGUCCCGGCGCCCGCGGUGCAGGUCCCGGCGCCCGCGGUGGAGCCCAAGACACCCGUGGUGCAGGUCCCGACACCCGCCCCGGCCGCCCCGGCCCCUGCCGCCGUGCCCCCCGCCGCGGUGCCCCCCGCCACGCCGGCCGCCGGCCCCGUGAGCGCCCUGCAGCUGCUCCAGUCGGCCUACAAGGACGGGCAGGCGCGCGCCGCCCGUGAGGACCCCGACAGCAUGGCGGAGCUGUCGGACGCAGAGCUGCAGACGCUGCUGCAGAACUUCAAGAACCUGUCCACGGAAGAGCAGCACCAGCUCAUCCUCUACCUCAAGAAGCUGGAGGCGGUGGAGCCGGAGAAGGUGGAGCGCCUCAGGCAGUUCGUGAACUUGGGGCCCGCCCGGGAGUCCCCGGGAUACCAGCACGCCGGCGGCCGGCUGUCGCCCUUCUCCAUGCGCGAGGCGGGCAUCAACCCCUCGCAGGAGGAGCGGGCUGCUCGCCCGGCCGCGAGCAGCGACGACUACUCGGACGAUGACGACUACAGCUACGAGGACAUAUAUGCCGCCGCCAGCAAGAAGGUACAGGAGAGGGAGCAGGAGGAACUGAAGAAGAAGAUGGAGGAGGAGAGAAAGAAGAAAGAGGAAGAAGAGCAGAAACAAAAGCUGGAGGAAGAGAAAAGAUUGGAGGAAGAAAAGCGGUUACAAGAAGCAAAGCAGUUAGAAGAAGCGAAGCGAUUAGAAAAUGAUAAGCGUUUUGAAGAAACAAAGCUAUUAGAGGAAGCAAAGCAUUUUGAACAAGAAAAUCAUUUUGAAGAGGAAAAAAAACGUAAACAAGAAGAAGAGUGGAGAUUUGAAGAUGAGAAACGAAGAAGAAUGGAAAUGGAGAGAAAUUACAUAGAUCAAGAUGACGACCCCGGUGCAAUGAUGCGGAAAACCAGCGCAAUGAUAGCAAAUUUAAUGGAAGAAUUGCCGUCGAAGUACGCUGCGAGAACGAGCAGUCCUCUAGGUGACCCGUUUGAGCGUCUGGAGCGACAGUGGGGCAGCAGCCUUGCCCUGGCAGAUCACUCGCCGGCCGGGAGCUAUGGUCAGGCGAGGGAUGUGCGGGAUGUGCCCUACGGCAGUCGGGAGGCUCCGUUCGUGAACAAUCCAGCAGCUCAGGAGACAUACGGCCAACAGGACACUCACACGGGGCCCAGGGAGACACCCUACAGCCAACGGGACUCUCACGUCACGGCUAAUCCCACAGCAUGGGAUAUGUUACACAGGCAACGGGAUGCCCACGUUCAUGCUAAUCCCGCGGAUGGGGAUAUGCCGUACGGCCAACGGGAGGCACAUGGUCCGGCCAAUCCCGCAGCCAGGGAGAUGCCGUACGGGCAACGGGAGGCAAAUGCUCUGGUCAAUCCCGCAGCCAGGGAGAUGCCUUACGGCCAACGUGAGGCACACGCUCUGACCAAUCCUGCAUCCAAGGAGAUGCCAUACGGUCAACAGGAGGCACAUUUUCCGGCCAAUUCCGCAGCCAGAGAAAUGCCGUACGGCCAACGUGAGGCACACGCUCUGACCAAUCCUGCAUCCAGGGAGAUGCCGUACGGUCAACGAGAGGCACAUUUUCCGGCCAAUCCCGCAGCCAGAGAGAUGCCAUACGGCCAACGGGAGGCACAUAGUCUGGCCAAUCCCGCAGCCAGGGAGAUGCCUUAUUCUGGAAGGGUAAUGCCUCCCUCUGUGAAUCAGAGAGUCGGCGAGAUGCCCGCUCUGAGGGAUAUGUAUGCAGACAGGAGUGACCAGCAGGCAUCGUCAACUUCGUCAGCGUCUGGCCGACAAGAGAACCCGCCGGGUGUUCCACAUGCCUCGUACAACACCAAUUAUGGUGGCUACCAGGCGUAUGGUUUUGGUGGUGGGCCUGGGUACUGCCAGCCUCCACGGCAGGAGUAUCCCAACAUGUCACAGUACCCGCCCCAGAUGUACCCACAGCAGAUGCCUGCUGAUCAGUAUGCUCAGUUCCCACAUUACUACUGAAUACCAUACAGUUGUAAGAACUUUAACUUAUGUAUUUUUGUAAUUUGAUAUUCAUUUGUUUUGGGAUGGAAAUGACACCCGCCUUCUUGAAACAGUGUAAUUAAAGCUGAGGUUAGUUCUGUAAACAUUAAUUAUAAUUGAAUAUUAUUACUUGUUUUUUUUUUUAGAUAUAUUUUAGUUUUUUCAUUGUCUGUAAAAUAUAUGUUACAAUAAAUUAAAAAUGACAACUACA